UUCAUUCUUUUCGUUUGCAGCAAAACUCUUAAGCUAUGAUUGGAGAACCCUAUCAAAUUGAAACGCGCCGGCGUUCGCGUUCAAAGACGCCAUUCCUGCACUCCAACUGCGACCAAGAGAAUUGUGAGCGUGCCGGCACGGAGGGGCAUAUGAAUCACAAGAAGAAGAAACAGUCUGUGGCGCCAAAUGUGCAAACUAUUAUGGAGGAACACGUGGUCGAAACAAAGAUAUCUAAGACAACUAGCAGCAGCAGCAGCAGCUCCACCAUCACUAAAAGCGACGGCAUUAAAACCACUCGCUCAAAGGCUGCGGCCCUGCUGACCUCGGACUAUUCGAGCGAAGAUGUAACGCCAGAGCCUAAACGCAAGGCUACCACGGUGACCACCAUGAUCACCAAUACCGGCAAGCGUUUCAACGAUGCCCUCAACAGCCUCACCGCAGUCACAUCGACGCCGCGCAGCGAGUUGGAGACGGCACAGAAUGUCUUGAAUACCACACAGGAGUUGCAGCAACAGGAGCAGCGCAAAAGUCGUUCCAAUGGCAACAGCAAGGCCAAUUUAAGCGAUGAUCAUUUGGCUUACAUCGAGUACAGAAAUGCGGGCGAGUACUGGAAGUAAGUUAGCUAUGUAGUG